AUGUCGGACUACGCUUUGGACUUGGCGCGACAAGCGAAAUACCUUGAUCCGCCCAUGAGCGAUUUGGAGAUCAUCCGCUGCGUAAAGAGACACUUCGAUGGAAGUGUUACGCGCGAAAUCAAAUGGUCGACAACCAAGAGCAUCGCAGACCUGAUAGAUAUACUGGAGGAGAUCCAGGACGAGCGAAGAGCAGCCGCUGACGCCAAAUCCGUCAAGGAGAAAUCCACGGAGAAGACUUCGACGAAGAGCGUGUACAAAAAGAAGCAAUAUAUUCCGAGUCAAAACCAAGAAUCGCACUGGAAAAAUCCAGAAAUAAAAGCGAUCGAAUGGUACGGACAAAAUUCGGAAACGAAGAUGAAGCCAAAACCGAAAGUACAAUCAGACUCUGGAUGCAAUUCCAGAAUGACUCUUGGUCCACGUAGGGGCGCGAAAGCUUCAAAAAUCCCGAAUGUUCCAGGAGUGAAGGAGCAGAAAGAGGCACAAAAAUUUGAAUCACAAAAAAUAGACUUUUCCGAAAAUUCUUCGAGUGAAAGUGACACAACAUCAUCACAAUCAAUCGAUAAGCCUCCAAAAGAGACGUCACACGAAAAACAGCACAGCAGGAAAAAUAAAAUUCCAAAUGCUGAAAACCUAUUUAAUUUGAGAGACAACCAUCAAGAAAUAUUUAGGUUAAUAGACAAGCUCGAAAAAUUAGUUAUCAGCUCUCAAACAUCCUCUAGUGACAGCUUAGACACAUCAGCAUCAACAUCAUCGGAUGAUACAAUUAUCAACCCGGAAGAAAUAAUAAGAACUGAUAUACCAUUGAAAUCACCUACUGUAAUUCAAUUCGUUAAAACUCAACCGCAAAACGAAUCUGGAAUUGAUAAUACUUACCAAAACGUUGAUACAACUAGAGGAAGAGCCAAAAUUCAGGAACCUGAAAAAAUAAACCAAUUGAAAAAAUCCAUAAGGAUAGAAGAAGAGGAAAGAUACUCACCACAAGUAAAGUCCAUGACAGCCAGGAGACCUGAAAAAGAAAAAGUAAUCAGCCAACAUCCGAUUAUGUCUGGAAACAUCUUACCUCAAGAAAAUCCAAAACAGCCCAGGGAACCUAAAAAAAGAAAGAAAAUUAGUAAUCAAGCUAAUAAAGGAUACUCACCACCCGAAGAUCCAAGGCCAUCCAAAGGAGACUAUCAACCCGAAAAAAAAAGAGAAUCAGAAGGGGUUACAAAAGAAAAAUUGGAUAAUAAAAAUUUAAUUUACUCACCAUCAGAAAAAUUAAAUUCAUCCACAAACCAGCCCGAAUCUGAAAAAGAAAAACAAAAAAUUAAUAAACUAUUUGCACUCAAACGUUCGACAGAAUUUUUGACAAUACUCGAUCAACAACCCGUCAAAAUAAAUUACCGGACGAGCGAAAUCACAAAAAUCAAUAACGUAUCAAAGUCACUCGAAGAGACGGAGAGCGCGCGAAGAGAGAACGCAACGCGGGACCCCCCACCGAGCGACCCCCCACCGAGCGUCUCCCCACCGAGCAACUACGCGACACGCGACGUAAACGCGACACGCACAAACGAGUCAGUGACCCAGUGCGCACCGUACGAACAACACGUGACGUUAUCCGACUACGCGAUGGAAAAACAAUUACGCGAAUUAGAAUUACGCGAACGCGAAUUAAGCGAGCAACUUCACCAAGCCUUGCAGCAAAGGAAAAUCGCGCGGAAAAAGAGACAAAUACGACGUCUCGAGAAAUUGAUCCAAAGGACCAAGGAAAAACCUUUGUCGGAAAGUGAUAGCGAGAAAGACGAUUACAUCCGACAGUGGGAACAGCCGAUUGACGAAGAAUCGGAUCACGGUUAUACUUAUGUAGAAAAGUUUUCCCUAUAA